AUGAGACCUCCAACACUUAGCGAUGGGAAAGUCAUUCCGGAGGAGUUUAUGGCGGCGGUGAUGCAGGUGCUGCUGGGUGAGAAGAACUACAGCGCGGACAGUGACUACAGUGCCCCGUAUCUGAAACCGGUCGUCGCACGCAUUUAUCCGCUGUUCAUCCUGCUGUACGCGAUACCGACCGCCCUUGGGCUGACGCUCAACGUGAUGAUCAUCGUCUACAUCAGCAAGUACAAGCUGUACCGUGAUGUAACGCACGCGUUCCUCGUCAACCUGGCCGUCUGUCACUGUGUGCAGUGUGCGUUCGUGCUGCCGAUCACGCUGAUGGUCAUGAUCAUCCAGAACUGGGUGUUCGGGCAGUUUCUGUGCUUCUUUUUGCCGUUGCUGCAGGACAUCCCGCUGCACGUGGCCAUGCUGUCGCAUCUGCUGAUUGCCUGGGACCGCAAGCGUUGGCUCACCGAUCCGCUGAAGGUGCGGCUGCCGGCGUUCGUGUGCAGCUGCGCUUCCUGGCUGGCCGGUUUGGUCAUCGCCCUGCCGUACCCGAUCUACACCACCUAUCUGGACAUUGGGAUCUAUCUUACGAAUUUUGCCGGCGUGGGAAUUUGUGCGGUCAACCUGGUAGAUGACAUGCAAGAGUAUAUGCGCGGUCUGUUCGUGAUCAUGUACUGCGCACCGAUGACUCUGCUUGGCUAUCUCUACAUCCGCACGUCCCGCGAGCUGCGCCCCCCGGACGGGCCACUCUCGAUAAUGAUGUUCGAGGCCCGGGCCGAAGCUCGCAGCCGUCAAAUACGCCUGUCCAAUGCUGGCCGUGGUAAAAGUGCUAAAGGCGGAUCUGGAGGAAGUGGUCGCGAUGAAACGCCGGAACAGACAGGUGCGGGCUCGGCGUCAACGGCCUCGGCGGCAGUCUCGGCGUCGGCCAACCUGAGCGGCAACUCCCGGACAUACGAUCUGUACGAUGCGGAGGCGGACGUCAACCGGGAGAAGCGCACCCAACGUCACCUGGGUGCGAUGGCAUCGUCCCAGGUACUGUGCGUCUGCCCAUUAAUGAUCCUCAGGCUCGCCCGGAUGACGGUGGCGGAGACGUACGAGAACCAGGCACACUACGACAUUACCUUUCUGAUGUUCGUCUGGAUCGCCUUCCUGCCGACUAUCAUCGUGCCGUGGAUGUAUGCGUCCUGGGUGCUCUCGAAACCAACUAAGGAGCGUUUACGAGGCUAUUUGCGACUGUCAUCACGUCGUAACACAAAUACCCGCUCGGAGCACUCGCUGGACGAAACGGGCAGCACGCCAACGGGACAAACCCAAGGUAAGCAUGCGUCCUCCGCCACCCCAAUGGCCGUGUCGGUGGGCCCACUGAAACCGUCAACCGGGACUGCUGGACGCCCCGGGUCUCCGUCCCACCGUCGGUCGGCAUCCGGCCGUUCUGGCGCCCGCGCCUCUUCGCUGCAGUCCGAGGUGACGCUCAAUGUGGCGCACGGUACUGCUACAACCUCGAUGAGCAUCGGCAGCGAACCAACCAAGUCCCCCGCCAGCAGCAGUGCGCGCACGGUCGAGACCACCAUUUCGCGCCAGUCGUCAAUGGGGCGGCCGCGCCGUCAGCUGCCACCGCCACUGCGCAUCGAGGAGAGUAACUUCCACAAGACGCCGUCGGUGAAGUCGGGCCGCACGCUCACGUCCUCCGCCCACAACUCGUCCGUCCGUUCGACGGCAAGCCGUGCGAGCAGGACCAGCAGCACGGCCCCACUCUACCCGCGCCGGUAUAGUGCCCACAGUCGGCAAACCUCACAGCUGUCCCAGGCGGAAGAUGAGGACGAUGUGAGUUCGCUCGUGGGCAACAGCUCGGACAUCACUUCCAGCACGUACUGUCCGGAUGCGGGACCCCUGUACGCAGACGAUCCGCUCGGUGCCAGUGCGCGGCGUUCGCACAGUGGGGCGCUCGUGGGUACGCUCGGUGCCCCGUACCGACGCCGCAGUUCCGCACAAACGCAAGCGUCUUCGCAUAUGUCCUCGACACGCCCCCUCUACCCAUCCGCUGCGGACGAUCGUGACGAGGGUGAAUCGAUUGCCGGGGGCGGCGGUGGGGCUGGUGGCGGUGCAUCAGGUGCCGGUGGCGACGACGAUGACGACGAGUCGGAGAUCUUCAGCUCGGUGUCGCAGCCCUCCGCACGCAAGCGCCCGGUAGGCAUCCUGAAGGCAACACCCUCGAUCGUGUCGAUCAGCGAGAGUGAGUACUCGUCGCGCAAGGGCUCGUUCAGCACGCUGUCGCGCGACCUGGAGAUCAUCGACCAGCUCGAGCGCGAACGCAGCAUGGACAUACAGGAGAUGAUCCAGCGCGAGAAAAGCUACGAGCAGUACCUGGUGCGCCAGAACUCCAAGCUCAAGUUCUCCACCAACUUCGACGACUACUUCGAGGCGGCGGCGGCAGCCGUCUCGGCCAGCCUGCCCGAACCACCGGCACCCUCACACCAGACCGGGGGCGCCCAGCUGCCACCGCAGCCCUCGGCCCAGCUGCCCGCACCUCCGCCGAACGCGGGAAGCAUCUCGCCCCGGCGUGCCAGGUCUCCGAUGCAUCGGCGCAGCAGUCAGCUGCCGGCCGGUGUGCCGCUACCGUCCGUCGGCCCACUGGCCAGCGAACGUACGCAGGCGUUCGGGCCCAGGCGCUCCAUCGAGCUCGAGCGUCGGUUCCACCGGACGUACUCCACGAGUGGUUCGACGCGCAGCUCCACCAAGUCGCGGGAUCGCAUCACCUUCCAGGACGAUGUCUGA